AUGAGUGAAAAGAACUCUUUUGUGGCGGGAAUCGACGGCGCCAGCGGAGAUGCCACCGAUGGUAUCAGCUACGAAGGACAUGGCGCUUCUCAUCCCUCAAAUCGCCAGCCGCGUCUCCAGCGACGAUUGAAAAGCAGACAUCUACAGAUGAUUGCAAUUGGUGGCACAAUUGGUACAGGCCUAUUUAUCGGAAGUGGCGAGGCGAUAUCUCACGCUGGGCCAGUCGGGGCACUCAUCGCUUAUAUGUUCAUUGGUUCCAUUGUGUUUUCGGUCAUGACAUCUCUUGGGGAAAUUGCGACGUACAUUCCCAUCCCAGGGGCAUUUACAGCAUAUGCCUCGCGACUUGUAGACCCUAGCCUCGGGUUUGCCAUGGGCUGGAUCUACUGGUUUUCAUGGGCCAUCACUUUCGCCCUAGAGCUGACGGCUACUGGCCUGAUCAUCGAGUAUUGGGACCAGACCAUCCCUAUCGAAAUCUUUAUUGCGGUUUUCUGGGUGAUCAUUUUCGCUUUCAACUUGCUACCCGUCAACUUCUAUGGUGAACUGGAGUUUUGGCUCUCCAGCAUCAAAGUUCUCACCGUCGUUGGGUUCAUCAUCUUUGGCAUCUGCAUUGAUGCCGGCGCUGGCCGCCAAGGUUAUCUUGGGUUCCACAACUGGGUGCAUCCGGGUCCCUUUGCUGACUAUCUCGUGACUCCUGGCCCAACUGCCAAAUUCCUGGGCUUCUGGGCGGUCCUCAUCCAGGCCGGCUUCUCAUGUCAAGGGACCGAGCUCGUCGGACUGGCUGCCGGUGAAAGCGAGAAUCCUCGAAAGACGGUCCCAUCGGCCAUUCGCAAAACCUUUUUCCGGAUUAUCUUGUUUUUCGUUCUGACCGUGUUUUUUAUCGGCCUGCUGGUGCCCUCGAACAAUAAGCGACUGCUCUCCUCGGCCUCAAACGCAUCAGCAUCGCCGUUUGUGAUCGCUGCAGACCUGGCGGGUGUCCCCGUUCUGCCGAAUCUACUCAACGCAGUUCUUCUGACAGUGGUCUUGUCGGCUGCUAAUUCCAACGUUUAUACUGGCAGUCGUCUGUUGGUUGGCUUGGCACAGGAAGGCUUUGCACCCCAUUGGUUUUCCAAUACGACCAAAGGUGGUGUGCCAUACAAUGGAGUGGUGGCCACCGUUGCAAUUGGCUUGCUUGGCUUCAUGAAUGUUUCCAGCAAGGCCACGACCGUUUUCAACUGGCUACUGAAUAUGUCGGCCGUGGCUGGGUUCAUCCUCUGGGGCACCUUGAAUCUUUGUCACAUUGCCUUCAUGCGGGCGCUUAAAGCCCGCAAUAUGUCUCGGGACAUGCUGCCUUACAAGGCUCCGUGGCAGCCUUUCCUGGCAUAUUACGGAUUGUUCUUCAACGUUCUCAUCGCUUUGACCCAGGGUUUUACGGCGUGGAUCCCGGCAUUUGAUGUGAGCGGCUUUUUUGCGGCCUAUAUUAGCUUGAUCCUGUUUGCCGUUUGUUACAUUGUUCACAAGCUCGUGUUUCGAGACCCUCUGGUUCGCCCGCUCCAGGCCGAUCUCGAUACUGGCCGUCUGGAGAUCGAAAAUCAGCACUGGGAGGUUAUCAUCCCUACCACUUGGUAUGGCAAAGUCUGGCGGAUCCUGGUGGACUAA